GGGGAUAUGCAACGAGUGGAGUAUUCUAGGUUUGUAUCUAUUUUAAAGGUGUCUAGUCUUAACUAAUUCGUUGAUUUAUUGACCUAAAUGUAUUGAUUUAUUGACAGGUCUUAACUCGCAUUAUACAGACCUCUUGAGAGACCCUUACCAACGUCAGAGUGCGGUCGCGUUCACACCCAAUCAAAGCCGAGUAUAGCUCCUCGAAACAACACACUUUGGCGACAAUUGGAUGCCUGGUUUGUCACUCAUAAUUUAGGGCGUUGAUGAACAAUGGCACGAAAGGCCACAAAUUAGAAUUGUUAGUGCUAUCCGAGAUCCUUGGGACAUAAUAACCUUUACUCUAACCUUAACCAUUUUACCAUUUAACCAUGUCAACUUCAAUUGGGGCAACAUCAAUGUCGUGACGUGCCAAGGAUCCCGAAUAGCUUUACGCCAAAUGAUAAUAGCAUGCGUUUGUACUACCGUUAGCUAGCUGUCAACAGCAGUAGAUAGGAAGAGUUAGACUAACGUUUAUAUAGCUACAUUUUUAUUUAAAAAAAAAAAGACAAUCGCAUGUUAAAUAUGCAAUAUCUCGUUACCAGAUGUGCAAGGUAUGACGCUUUUAUCUUGUUGUAUUUUCGCAAUAUGUUUUUAGCACGCGAGCUAACUGACGUUAAUGUAACUGUUACUAUCAACGAAUAGCAUGCUAACUUUAGCUAGCUACAGUACCUAGCGCCAAAACCAAUAAUUGGCAUCGUUUAAGACAUCACGAGCUACACGUAUAAAAGGUUAACUCUGUCAAUCCUCACAUGCUGAAAUCCCCCAUGACUAGUUUUGAAAGCAGUCUCAAUGCACAGUUGGGAGUAGGCUAUAAUGCAAUAUCUGUGGUAUGCAUGUCAUCAGCACUGCACUCCUCGUAACAGAUUCACCCUCUCCUUGGUAGGGCCAGGACUUUAUCCUAGACUUGUCACUUGGUCAGGAAACGCUAUUGGUCUUUGGUACUACAUUUGUUUUUCUGACAACCAAAAAAGUGUAUGACUUAUCCUACUACAACUCACCGAUUAUUAUUGUUUCAACAAGGGCAUUACGGAUGUAUUAUCCUGAACUGGUGCCCAGCGUGACUGUUCUGUACUCUGAUAUCGAAAAUAUUCCCAUCGGUGAAGUAAUUUAGUGCUCCUACAACCACAAAACAACCAUGGACACCUACGUAGCCAUCCAUGGCAAGAACAUAUCCCACAAUCCCCUCUCCUCCACCCAAGCCAUGUCUAUCGACAAGCUCUUCCCGGCUCUCCUGGAGUGUUUUGGGAUCAUCCUGUGUGGAUACAUCGCCGGUAGGACGGACAUAAUCACCUCCUGUCAAGCUAAAGGAUUAGGGAACUUUGUGUCUAAAUUCGCCCUCCCGGCGCUGCUCUUCAAGAACAUGGUUCUGUUGGACUUUAAUAACGUGAUCUGGUCGUUCCUGUGGAGUAUCCUGAUAGCCAAGGUGUCGGUGUUCGUCCUGGUGUGUGUUCUGACGCUAGCGGUGGCCAGUCCGGAAAGCAGGUACAGCAAGGCAGGACUCUACUCCAUCUUCGCUACGCAGAGCAACGAUUUCGCCCUGGGGUAUCCCAUUGGAUUUGCCUUCUGUGAGGUCCAGAAGUGGAAGGACCACCCAGAGAGACAGCAGGGCAAGUUGCAGAUCGUCAGAGUGGUGCUGCUGCAGGUACUGAAGAACCCGAUAGUGUUCAUGGUGGUGGUCGGAAUCGUGUCCCACUUUGCCCUGGGCCAGAGGAUCCCUGCUGUGAUGGAGGAGUUUGUGGAUGGCCUGGCCAACUCCUUCGGAGGAGCAGCUCUCUUCUACCUGGGACUAUCUAUGGUGGGACAGGUGGCCAAACUCACCAGGUCUACUGGAGUAGCCCUUAUCCUGCUCAUCACUGCCAAACUGCUGGUGAUGCCUCUCAUCUGUAAGGACAUGGUCGACCUGCUGGACUCUACAGGUUCCAACAGCAGCAGUCUGAACCACUCCAGCCUGUCCAACUAUGCCUUUCUCUACGGGGUGUUCCCCCCUGCUCCCAGCGUAGCCAUCUACGCAUCACAGUACAACAUGGAGCUGGACGUGGUGACGUCAGGGAUGGUGAUCAGCACGUUCCUGUCUGCCCCCAUCAUGUACGUGUCAGCCUGGCUCCUGACCAUCCCCCUGAUGAACCCCAAGCCACUGGUCACUGAGCUGCAGAAUGUCAGCUUCAACAUCAGCAUCGUCAGCCUGGUCGCACUGGUGUGGACCAUCGCUGUCAUUCUCCUCAGUAAGAAGUUCAAGAGGCUCCCACACAUGUUUUCUAUGAACCUCUUCCUGGCACAGUUCCUAGUGUGUGUCGGUAUGAUCCUGUGGAACUUCGUAGUGAAGCAGGAGGACAUCUUGGGACAGGUGUUGACAUUCACACUGCUCUAUGGGUCACUCUACAGCACAUAUGUCUGGACUGGUCUCAUUCCUCUCUGUUUGGUUCUGACCAAGAAGGACAAUUUUCUGAGGAUUCCACCUUGGGUCUUCAUGGUCUUUGGCUGGGGCAUACCGUUCCUCAUCCUUGGAGGUCUGCUCCUGGCAGGAGAGAGGAUGCCUGAUACUGUAGACUCUGCCUUCUUCUAUGGCAGGGCUCAGAUCAUCAGUACUGCAGUAGUAGUCUCCUGCAGCAUCUUGGUAGGUGGUUUCUCUCUGAUGGGUCUCAGCCAGGGCACCAAGGAGAACCAGAACUACCAAGUCCUGGAGAGAGCCUCCAACACAGGUACUAUAGAGGACCUGAGGCCCCCUGGACACCAGGAGGACCAGAACUACCAAUCCCUGGAGAGAGCCUCCAACACAGGUACUAUAGAGGACCUGAGGCCCCCUGGACACCAGGAGGACCAGAACUACCAAUCCCUGGAGAGAGCCUCCAACACAGGUACUAUAGAGGACCUGAGGCCCCCUGGACACCAGGAGGACCAGAACUACCAAUCCCUGGAGAGAGCCUCCAACACAGGUACUAUAGAGGACCUGAGGCCCCCUGGACACCAGGAGGACCAGACCCCCCCACUGGAGCCCUCAGCACCAGAGACCAGCAACAACAGUGACUGUUGUAGCUGUACACAGCCCGUGCCCGACAUGAUCAAUGGCGCCACCAGGAACGACACUCCCACGUCUCUAACAGGCCAGUGUGGGGCGCUGUGUGAAACCCAGCAGCAGCCGUGUAGUCCACCGGUCCAGGAUGACAGACAGCUGGUCAGACAUGUCCUGUUGUGUCUACUCCUCAUAGUUUCCCUGCUGGCUAACCUGUCCAGUUGUCUAUGGUGGUUGUUCAACCAGGACCCUGGUAGACUGUACCUGGAGCUGCAGUUCUUCUGUGCUGUGGCCAACUAUGGACAGGGCUUCAUUUCGUUUGGUAUCUUUGGCCUGGACAGGCAUCUGAUCAUUCUGCCAUUCAAGAAGAGGUUAGUGAGCCUAUGGCAGGGCAGGGAGAGUGAGGAGGAGCCCCCCUCUGUGGUUCCAGAGGAGAUCAGGCUGACCUGCACUCAGUUUGUCCGCUAUCAUAAAGACCAGUGUGUUCAGGACAUAGUGCCCAUCAGAAGGUGUGAGGGAGACAGGGUUCAGGAGAGGGAGCGCUCCAGGGAGAGACCUGGUCAGGGGACUUAUCCUCCAUCCCAGGCCCAGACUCAGGCCACUUUCCUGGGCAGUGAUCUAGUGGACUGGCUGGUGAGGGUGGGUCUGACCCGGGACAGGAGGGAAGCCCAGCUCUAUGGGGCUCAGCUCCAGCAAGGAGGGAUACUGCAACACCUCACACACCAGUUUGGCUUCAAGGACGACACCCUCCUACACUACCGCUUCACUGAGAGGAGCUGGACGCCACCGAUGGAAAGGAACAGCAUUAUGCCUCCUGUGGCCAUGUAAUGUUCCCAGAGGAGGA